AUGGCUACCUUGGCGGAACACCCGGCUGUUGCGCCUUCAACUUACGAACAAGACAUUGAAUCGUUCCUGAAUCUAGACCAACUCGCUUACACCACCGCGGAAACUGCUCGAGCAAAGACCGCACUCAUCACUCAACCCACUCUCCCCAGCAUUGAAUUCAACGCAGGCGAUGUACGAAGUGCUGGUUUCGCUUCGACAAACCCAACGCCAGUUGCGUUUCAGGCCCCGAGUCACCAGUAUGACGAACAUAAGCAACAAACCGGCCUGCCCCCGGGCGCCUUAGCUCAUGCCAUGACAUUCAACCACAUGAAUGGAAUGGGAUUCGGUGGUGCAAGCCCCAACUACCCCAUCAAUGGGGAUAUGUUCGCUGGUAGUCAGAUCAAGCGCGAAGAAGCUCCGAUGGAUUUCAACAGCCCCCCGACACGGAACCCUUCCGAAAUGGACCUGGAGUCUGACAAUAUGGGAUCCGCCUCGGCCUAUUUCCUUUCGCCGAACCCCAGCAACAGAAACCAGUUCGUGGAUCCAACCGCCUUGAGCGGUCAUGAGGUUGUUCCCGCUGGUCCGUCCACUCAAGUGGGUCGCAUGUAUCCCGGUAUGCACCAGCAGCAAGCUGCCAUGGCCAAGGCAGCACAACAACAGAGACAUCACGAAUUCCUCCGUCAGCAGCAAUUCCAGCAGCAACAGCGGCGCUUGGACGAGCAUAUGCAUCAGCAUGGGGCUCCUCACAGCCAGACUCCCCGGCCACCCAACCCACUGGUUGAGGAGCGGAUCUCACGGCUUUUGCAGCAGAUGCGCCAGAAUGCCAUGGGCUCCCCCGACGACUCGCCUUCUCCUUCUUCAUCUCUGCCUCAGAUGGCUAAGGCCAAAAAGGACGAGCAGGAUAUGGAUGAAGAUGAGCGCCUCCUGGCUAGUGAAGAGGGCAAGAAGCUGAGCAGCAAGGAACGUCGCCAGCUCCGCAAUAAGGUUUCUGCUCGUGCCUUCCGUUCUCGCCGAAAGGAAUACAUUGGUCAACUCGAAAGUGAAGUUGCCGCCAAAACCAACGAAGCUCAUGAGCUUCGUCUUCAAAACCGUGCCCUAUUUGAGGAGAACGGUCGUCUGACUGACCUCGUUCGCACGCUCCUGUCUUCGCCUCAUUUCGGCCAGGUUCUAGACGAACUCAGCGUCGGCGGUGUCCCGAUGUCUAGCCAAGCGCAACCACAGCAACUUCCUCAACACCAACAUCAGCCGCAGCCUCAGCCUCAACAGCAAUCAGUACACCCUCAACCACAACCCCAGCAACAACCACCUAUGCAACAGCCCUCUCAGGCUGGCAUGGUCAUGGUUCCUAGCCAGGGACUUGAUGUUUCUGCCAUGGGCAUGAACAAUGCAGGUUGGAACUCGGGCAUUGAUAUGAACUUCGGCAAUGCUUCGGUCUUUGCCGUUCUGGAGGUCCCUGCGCCAUUUAUCGAUUCCGAGUCUCUAUCUGGAAAGUCUUCCACCUUCAUGGAGUCUUGCCUUCCCAACAUCUCUGGUGCAAAGGGUGAAGCUCCUUUUCUCGAGUCUCUACCCGUGGAUGCUAAGGAGCCCGUCACUGUCGGCGUCGAGAACCCGGAUGUCGAGAUUGACGAGUCUGAUCCCGCUUUUGCCCUUUUCCUGGACGCGCCCCGUGCUUCUACCUCGGAGUCCCCUGCGAUCUCCUUUGGAGCUUUCUCUGAGAAGCCGACAGUUACGUUCGAUUUGGUGGUCGAGAACCAGCCUCGGGAACGUGACACUCGGUUUGCUCAACUCUGCCACAGUAUGGAGGCCGCUUUUGACCACCAGAUCAAUCCCAUGAAGUUCUACUAUCAGGUGGUAACUACGCCGACGGCCGACACCCCGGGCAGCGCUGUCGUCCUCAACUUUCCCGAUAAACGCUACCUCUUUGGUCAGAUCGCCGAAGGCACGCAGCGAGCAUGCGCGGGCACGUCGGUCAAGUUCGGCCUCAUGACCGACAUCUUUCUCACGGGCCGCUUGGAGAUGAACAACGUGGGAGGGCUGUUCGGCGUCAUCCUCACGCUGGCCGAUGGCCUGGCCAGCGCCGCAGCCAAUUUUUCGGAGAAGCACAAAAAGACAGAGAACGAGGAGCGGAAGCAGAAGCAGGACCCCGCUCAGGCGGGCAAGGGAGAUGAACUGCCUAUUCGACCGGGAAGCAAGCGGGUCGCGCAGAGAGGGACCCUGACGGUUCACGGCGGGAGAAAUCUCACGCACUUGAUGGCCACUGCGCGCAAGUUCAUCUUCCGCAAGGGUCUACCCAUGUAUAUGCAGGAACAUGAUGAGCACAGCCUGGCUGGGCAGCGUGGGAGUCCCCCCGACCCAUACGAACAACCGACGUGGUCGGAUCAGAACAUCAAGGUCUGGGUCAUGGCCGUGAGCCCUGAGUCUCAUUCCCGGUCUAAGGGCAAGCGCACAAGGAAGCGCAGCCACGAGGAGUUUCGCGAGCAGGACACAGCUGAGGUCGAGGAGAAGAAUGCUGCAGCGCUAGCCGAUCAGGUUAUCAGACAAAACGUGGUGUCGAACAUGUUCAACUCGACAUGGACACUGGAUGCGUUACAGGAAUCUAAGUUGGCAGACGUGCAGAUGCCCGCGGUCAUUUUUGUUAGGGACCCGGAAACCAAGGAUUUGCGACGGUACACCGGCCCGGCUCCUGGAGGCAGCAUGCCGCUUCCUGACAUUACCGUUCUGGUGCGCAAGCCUUGGCCUGGUGCCAACGUGGAGAGGAUUCCUCCCGCGUCUUGGAACGAAGACGCUAUCUCUUACAUCGUCCGGAACCACAACAUCAGAGGGAAGUUCGACCCUCUCAAGGCUCAGGCUUUGAAGGUCCGUAAAGGCCCCGAUUACUCCCAGCUGACUAGAGGUGAAAGCGUUCUCUCAGAGGAUGGUCAAACUAUCACGCCGGAUAUGGUUCUAGAUGAGGAAAAGGUUGGCAAAGGUGUCGCAAUCAUAGACUUGCCUUCGCCAGCUUAUGUGGAGAACCUGGUCAACCGCCCUGAGUGGGACUCACCUACGGCGUCCUUGAAUCUGGAAGCCUUCAUCUGGAUCCUAGGCCCCGGUGUGGGAGAUCACCCCAAGCUUCGAGAAUUCGUCGCGAAGAUGUCGCACUGCACGCAUACGGUCUCCAGUCCCGAUUACUGUCCCGAUUACCUGGCCAUGAAAGAGGUUGCCGAGUCGACGGCGCAGAUGGCCAUGGUCAGGCCCGACAACUAUGCCCUGCCUGUCUAUGACAAUGUGACUGUUCCACAAUCCAGGCCCUCCAAUGAAGCAGUGGUCCCAUCAAACAAGCGUGCCCCUUUGCGACCUCUAGAGCCGGGCAUGAUUAUCAACAUGGAACCCACUUUCGGAGUCGAUGAAUCUGAGGUUACUCCUCUAUACGAUCCCAGAAAUGCGAAGGAAAAAUUGCCGAAGGACGUUCAGACUUCAAUGAAGGUUAUAUCUGGACAGGAAGAAACUCCCGAGUUCCAGGAUAAACUGGCAGCAUUCCGGCAGGACCUCCCCGGCGCUGACGUCGAAAUCAUCACUCUGGGAACUGGGUCAUCUAUACCAUCUAAGCAUCGAAAUGUCUCCAGCACGCUCGUUCACGCACCAGGCAAUGGUUAUUACUUACUCGACUGCGGCGAGGGCACUCUUGGACAGCUCAAGCGCGUCUUCGGCCCUGCGGCAUUGCGCGAAGUUUUCCAGAAUAUGCGGAUGAUUUGGAUCAGUCAUCUCCACGCUGACCACCACCUUGGUAUCGCAAAUGUGAUCAAGGCCUGGUAUCAGGCAAAUUAUCCCAAUGACAUGGCCACGAUUCUACGGGAUAAGUGCCUGUUCGUUGAAUAUGCCAGUGUCGAGGAUUACGGCUUCCAAAAGGUGACGGCCCUUAGCGCUAUUCCCCAACAGGUCAAAGGCGGUACUUUUGAGACAUCAUUUGAGUAUCGCCACUGUCGCGCCAACGGUACUUUCCCUGGGCAAAUAGAGGCGGGAUCUCGACCCAAGACAACCACGCUCCGGUUCCAGGAUGACUCGGACCCCCUCUCGGCUCUUCUCCGUGAGGCGAUCGGCCUUUCCGACAUCUUGCCCUGCCGGGUCCAACACUGCCGUGGAUCCAUGGCUGUGACCCUUGUGUACCCCGAUGACUUCAAGCUCUCCUUCUCCGGCGACUGCCGUCCCUCGUGGAACUUUGCAGCUACAGGCCGCGGCUCGACGGUUCUCAUCCACGAAGCCACUUUUCAAAACGACAUGGCGGGGAGCGCUAUCGCUAAGAAACACUCCACAUACGCCGAAGCCUUGGAGGUUGCGCGUCAGAUGCAAGCCCGGGCCCUGCUUCUCACCCAUUUCAGCCAACGCUAUCAGGGAAAUGUCGCAAUGAAGAACGACCACACUUCGCAAAAGGCCAAGGGCGGACCAGAUUCGAACAGCUCUGCCAACCUGCGAACCAAGGACGUCCCUGACGACGAGGAAGGGCUGGCGGAGGAGGGCAACCCCCAGCUUGAGGGCGCGAACGAAGACACCGGCGGCGUGAUCACUGCCACGCCCCGCACCCAGUACAACGGGCCCUACGUCAACGCCUUUGACUACAUGCGUGUCCGUGUCGGAGAUUUCCCCAUCCUCCAAGCAUAUGUACCGGCCAUGGAGAAGCUGUUUGCGAUCCUGGAGGAAGCUUCAGCGGCCUCCGGGGAGAAGGCGCAGCAGCAAAGGGCGACAAAGAAACAGAAUUCGAAGUCAAAGCUGGCUAACAAGAAUACUGAAAAGACUGGGAAGGUUAGAAAUUCUGGGAACACCAAGAAAGUUGAGGGCAAGGAACGAUUUGAGAAGGCUGCCAGCCGUUCUCACAAGGCUUCCACCUCCUCGGCUGCUGAUAAGGAAGAUGGAAACCGUGGAAUCAUAAGAAGAGUUGGGUGGAGUGUUGAGGAGGCUAUCAGCCGUGCCCCGACGGCUUCGACCUCCUCGGCCGACGAGAUGGAGUUGGCUGUGAGUGCCAGCAUUGAACGAGCUGAAAGGGCCGCGGAACGAGCUGAGAAGGCUGCCGAAAGAGCCGAAAGGGCUGCUGGACGUGUCGCUGGGCGCGCCGCCAAAGCUUCCUCCCUCCCCCCCGACGAGUCCGAUGAGGAUCGCAAUGCUAAAAGACCUAUCUGGGCUGAAAAGCGCGCUGCCAGACGCGCUGCCCGAGCCUCCGCCUCCGCUUCCUCCGCUGACGAGAUGGAAGUAGACACCGAAGCAGGAAGGCCCAGAAGAUCUCGCAGCCCUACCAGAGCUACUACUCCCAGACGUGCGGGCAAGGCCUCCGCCUCCCCAGCCUCCGAGACGGACAAGGACGCCAAAAAGCCCAGGGCACGUUCGAGGUCGAGGUCGAGAGCGAGUGAGUCCUGA